AUGUCGUCAGCAAAAGAUAUCUUUCAAUUAUUAAAAGAAGGUCAGACUGUUCCUUCUGAUCACCCAGAAACUUAUAAGCUAAGAGAUGCAUCGUUUGAGACGAAGAAAUUGGUUACUAAAAUGACCAACUCUGCAGAUCCUAAAGAGAUCAGACACUACUUGAGUUUAAUCACAAACAGUGUAAUUGAUGAAAGCGUUGUUGUGUUCACGCCUUUGCAUAUCAAUUAUGGGAAAAACAUAAGGCUUGGAAAGAAUAUUUUCAUCAAUUUUGAUUGUGUGUUCUUGGAUUUCGGUGGAAUUACCAUUGAGGACGGUGUUAAGAUCGCCCCUAAGGUCAAUUUAUUAUCUGAAGGACAUCCACUUGCUUCAGAAAACAGGGAUUCACUUGAAGCCGGACAUAUCCACAUCAAGAAAAAUGCGUGGAUUGGUGCAAACUCAACUAUUCUUGCCGGGGUAACUGUUGGGGAAAACUCAGUGGUGGCUGCGGGUGCAGUUGUUUCAAAGGAUGUUCCUCCAAAUAGUGUUGUUGGUGGGAUUCCUGCGAAAUUGUUAAAGCGCAUAGAUUAG